AUGGAUUGCGAUGAUUGUUACAAGUGUGCUCGAAAGACCGGUGGUGACGAUGUCGAUAAGAAGUGCAGCCCGGCCUGUUUCAAGUGCACUUGCGGGAAGCUCUUCAAGAAGCUCUACAAUCUGAAGAACCACUACCAGUCGCACUUCAACCCGACGCCGGAAAAGCCUUUCGUGUGUGAGGUGUGCCAGCGUGGCUUCAUGCGCAAGCAUGAUUUGAAGCGCCAUGCGACUACCCACAUGGAGACUUUUACGCCGUUCGCCUGCGACGUGUGUCAUACUACGUUCACUCGACUGGAUGCGCUCCAUCGUCACGUCAACGGGAAUCGGUGUAAGGGUUCUCCGUAG